AUGAAUGUCAGCGAAUUUGCUGAUGCACAGAAGAGCCAUUAUACUGUUUUUCCGCAGUUGAAGAAGCUAAAGACUGAUACGAGAACCAUACCAUUCGUCAAACUACUAGAUGGCAAAGAACCCUCUGACAGAGUUGAAAAGAGAUGGGAGCUAUAUCACCAAUUACAUUCGCACUUUCAUGCACAGGUUAACGAUAUCUUAGAAAAUAUUGGAAUCGAUUUAAGAACAGAAAUUUCAGAGCUCCUGUUUAACAGAGUAGACAAGAAUGAGAAGCGCAAGCCGGCGUUCAAUACUUUGUUCCUCCUGGGGUCUGACAGCACAACCAGGAUUGAUGUACCCAAGGUAACGCCGGAAGAAUUUAGUACGCUGGUUGAGCUUACUCCAAAGGAAUCCCCUAACGUUAGGAUGAUGCUGCGAAGAUCCAUGUUCAAGCUAUUUUCAGCCGCAGAAGCUGAACUGCGUGAUAAUGUCGCCAGAAUUAAAGACGAGGAUGAAGAGCAUAUUGAGCUCGAUGCAAUCUACGAGGCCGAUGAAGUCGAUGCUGAUAACGAAUCAGCUUCUGGAGCGGAGAACGCUUCGGGUGGUGGUGAUGUAUCAUACGACCUUUCGCUGGUACAAAACUUCAAGCUGUUUUACAAUAAGGACCUAAACCUUGUCUUCAACUUCAAGGAUGUAGAUUCCAUAAAUUUUCAAGUGCUGGACAAUUUUAUCAUCCUACUGAAAAGUGCACUGAAGCACCAACAUGUGCAGAUCAGUCUGGUCUUUAACAUCAACACUAAUUUGUCAAACUUCGAGAAGAAUCUUACGCAGACGACCAUGAGACUUUUAAGAAGGAGCUAUCACACGCUUGAUGUGUCUAGUAAUAAGGGUUACAAAUAUGGGAAUCGAAUUUUUCAAAGUUUCCUCGACACGGUUGAUGGGAAGCUUAACUUAUCAAGUAAGUUUGUGGAUUUUAUCUUGCGAAAAAUGGCUAAUAAUUCAAAUCACAACCUUCAGCUGCUUACCAAGAUACUCGAUUAUGCCUUGAUGUCAUACUUUUAUCAAAAUCCUUUCUCAGUUUUCAUUGAUCCUGUCAAUGUUGAAUAUUUGAAUGACGAUUAUCUGGAUAUGCUCAUAAGAUGCCCAACAUUUAUGUUUUUCAUCGAAGGUUUAAUAAAAGAAGGAGCGCCGACUGAAGAGAUAAGGGCUCUAAUAACUAACAAGGAUGCCACUUUAACUGGUUUUUUCCUUGAGUUUUUGGUAAGAGAAAAUCCUAUCAAUGGCUUUGCGAAGCACGUAGCCAACUUUCUCGAAAAAAAGUUGCAAAUAUACAACUACAAUUUGAUCGCAAUUUACCACAAGCUCUUAGAAGGAAAGCUUGAAACUUAUCUCGAACGUUGGCCUGCUUACCAAAAAUAUAAGGAAGAUCUUCGGUUUGAGCCUGUUGAUACGAUCUUUCAAGAGUUGUUCACUUUAGAUAAUAGUAAUGGGUUACUAUCCCAAGCUAUCUUUCCCCGCUACCGAUCCAAUAUGGAAGAUGAUCUUUUAAGCUGGGAGCGAGUUUUGCGUGUUUCGAGUGAGAAAACCGGGGCUGAUCCAGCGGCACGACUUGAUGCAGCUAUGUCACCAAUAGCAGGGCAUUUAUUUAAGCUUUACAGGGAGGCAGGCCUAUCGAUUAACGUCUAUGAUUUUUAUACAACCUUCAAAGAGACUUUGCCACGAAACGAAAUUAGGAAUUUUUUGCAACAAUUGAAUGACACAAGAAUGGAGAAGUUUCUGAAGAAGAAUAGCGAGGAAGAAGCAUUCGACAAAGUAUCCCUUGCGUUGUUCAUGCAAGCUCUUUUUGAUUUUGAUCACAUCGGUAUAAUAAAAACUCAAAGUAACAAGAAUCACGACAUCAUCGAAAAGUGUAUUUGGAGAGGAAUAUAA